AUGGUGGCGGCACGGGAGCAGCAGCGGCGGCGGCGGCGCAGGGGGGUGCUGGUGCUGCUGGCGGCGUACGUGGGCUACCUGGGGCUGGGCGCCGUCGUGCUGCAGGCGCUGGAGCGGCCGGCCGAGGUGCAGGCGGCCCAGAACCUCCUCCGGGAGCGCUGGGAGCUGCUGGCCAACCACACCUGCCUGCAGGGGCCCGCCCUGCAGCGGCUCAUCGAGGGUAUCAUCCAAGCCUACAAGAGUGGCAUAACCCUCCAGGGAAACACCACUAGCCUGGGCAGGUGGGACUACAGUGGGUCUUUCUUCUUCUCCAUAUCUGCAAUAACAACCAUUGGCUAUGGGAACCUGAGCCCCAGCACUGCAGUUGGUCGAAUCUUCUGCAUCGUGUUUGCACUUUUUGGGAUCCCCUUGAACCUUGUACUCCUGAACGAAAUUGGGCACCUGAUGCUGCUUGGGGUUCAGCAUUGUGCCUGUCGCCUAGAGGAGGUGUUUCACUGGCAGAAUAAGGCUUCCUUCCUGAUGAAGACCUGUGCACUGGUAACUGGCUUGUUAUUGUUCCUCCUGCUACCUCCCUUGUUAUUCUCUGACAAAGAAGGCUGGUCUUAUGAAGAAGGCUUCUACUAUUCCUUCAUUACCCUCAGCACUAUAGGGUUUGGAGACUAUGUGAUUGGGAUGAACCCAGAUCGCACCUAUCCAAGCUGGUACAAGAAUGUAGUCUCUCUAUGGAUCCUCUUUGGGAUGGCCUGGCUAGCACUGGUUAUCAAAUUUUGCAUCAACAUUCUAGAGAGUUCCAGUUACUUCUGUCAAUGCAACAAGAAGAACACAGAGAUGGCUGAAGAUUUAAUGGAUGGUAACAAAAAUAGCAUGACUGGACUUCAAAAUGCGGAGAUCUGCUGUGACAAAGACACAAAAAUGAAAGGACCAGUUGAAUCUCACUCUUACACAGCUCCUACAGAAGCCCUCUAG